CUCUUAUAUCAAUGUAAACUAACUACCAAUGCCAUAUUGAUAAAAUUUCUAAUUCGGUUCUAACUAUUUCAGCUGGUAGAAUUGUGUGUGAGCUGAGAAGCGAUGUUGUACCGAAAACUGCUGAAAACUUCCGAGCACUAUGCACAGGAGAGAGGGGUAUUGGGGUCAACGGGAAACCUCUGCACUAUAAAGGAUGCAAGUUCCAUAAAGCUAUAGCCCAAUUUAUGGUCCAAACUGGUGACAUUGUCAAUAAUGAUGGGACAGGUGGUGAGAGCAUUUAUGGACCCACAUUCGAGGAUGAAAACUUCAUAUUAAAACACGAAGUGGGUUCCCUAAGCAUGGCCAACGCGGGGCGGCCGCACACCAACGGCUCGCAGUUCUGCGUGACCACCGUGCCGUGCGCGCACCUCGACGGCAGCAACGUGGUGUUCGCGCGCGUCGCGUCCGGCCUCGCGCUGCUGGAGGAGGUGCAGGCGCUGAGCGGGGACGACUGUCGACCGGCCAAGGAGUGUACAAUCCAGUCGUGCGGCGAACUGGACCACCUCCCUGCUGACGGGGUGCGCUGCGACGACGGCACCUGCGACCGCCUGCCCGAGUACCCCGCCGACUACCAUCGACAGGACACCCCCAUAGAACUCCUAUCAAGCAUCACAGAUACUAAAACAAGUGGCAACGGCUACUUCGAAAGCGGCAGAUAUCAGAUGGCCAUUAGGAAAUACAACAAAUGCAUCAGAUAUUUAGACCGAGUCAAGGAAAUGUUGGACCAGUUGGAUAGCAGCCCGGAAAUUGAAAGUGGUCAAAACGUGACCCUGACAUAUCGAUUGCAAUGUCACCUCAAUCUCGCCGCCUGUCACUUGAAGCUACUAGAGUAUGCAGACUGCAUCAAACAAUGUAACGAGGUCCUCUUCCACGACCCUCGGAACGGCAAAGCGUUAUACCGUCGAGCGCAAGCGAACUUCACCCUAGCCAACUACGAGUCGGCAAUCGAAGACUUACGGAAAGCGGUAGAAAUUUCCCCCCACAACAAAGCCGUCCAGAAGCUUCUAGAAGAAGUCACGUUGACUAACAAGCACUACACGGGGGUUCAAAAGCAGAGAUUGUCCAAGUUUUUUCGGGAACAACGUCAAGAGACGGUCGUCGGAAACCCAACUCACUGAUUUGAGGUUGAGAGUACUUAUUUACGCGACCGCGGUCGAGUGAAGUGCGUGGGACUUGUGACAACGAUUGUGUGACAUUUUGUCACUAUAGUUGGUGACAUUUUGUCACGAUAGUUAGUGACAUUAUGUCACAGUCGGAUUUUGUUGAUAUUGAUAUUAAGCUAAUGGUACGAUUUUUGUGUAAGGACUAUACAGUGAUUUUAAUAGGGCAAGUUGUGAUAAGGCAUACCAUUGCUAUUUGCGCUCCGGGACUUCUAUAUUUUGUCUUCAAAAUUAAUGGGGUAACUUGAAACUUACGAAUGUCAAAGUGCUACUCCUGUAAGCCGCAAAUUCGUAGUAGCCCCCCUAACACCAUGUAUGAGUAAAUUCUUAGCCAAGUAUACGAAAAUGGUUCACGGGACCAUUUCAGACUGUGUCUCGUCUAUUGUGCGAUGAAUCGAUUGAAUUAGCAAUGAGAAUUGAUUGUGUCAUUUUAUGUU